CCAUUUUCUCUAAAUAAACUGCUGCGGACUUCUGUUUAGCGUCUCACAGACAUUCCUCUUCUUAAAACACUGUGUCACAUGGUUGCAAUUGCAGAAUGCUCUGAACAAAAACAUCGCAAUGACAACCUCCUCUUCCGCACUGCCGAUGACAAUUUCAAUGCCGAUGAGAGUACCGCACCUCCAAAUUCAUCCUCAGCAUGUGCGAUACAUGCAAUGUAAAUGGAAAUGUUGGCCUCUUCCUUUCAAUAUUAGGAGAGACCCUCUUCAAUUUCGAGCUGCUGCAUCUUCUAGGAGGAGUAAAGACCGUUCUUUUCCAAAGCCUGAGAAACUACAAAAGGAUGAAGACGAUGGGGAAGAUCUAGUUGAUGCUGCUUUGGAGUCAUUGUUUAGCCAAUUGGAGAAGGAUCUUGAAAAUGAUACAUUAUCUGAUGACGAGGAGAUUACUGAGGAGGAAAUGGCCAAAUUUGAAGAAGAAUUAAGGGGACUAUCAAAUGCCGAGGCGGGUGAUGAGAUUACUGAGGAGGAAAUGGCCAAAUUUGAAGAAGAAUUAAGGGGACUAUCAAAUGCUGAGGCGGCUGAUGAGAAAGCACUACUUGACUAUGCACCGUUGGAAUUAGAGGACUAUCAACUGCAGAAAUUGGCUGCAGCAUUGAAUGUGGGUCGUCGUAAAGCCAGUAUUAAAAAGCUUACAGCAGAAGUAGGUCUUGAACGAGAAACAGUCCUUGAAUUAUUGCGCAAUCCUCCUCCUCAGCUGGUUUUAUUUCAAGAUAGGGAGGAUACAGAAAAAUCAAUUGAAGAUACUGAUGCUGUUUUAACUACCAAAUAUAAUUUAGAGUCAUCUGAAUUUCAGAGAAAACCUUCAAACUCUAGAUUGCCAUCUCUGGCUGAAACUGAGGUGCAAAGGAAUGAAUCCGAGUACCAAAUAAUUGUGAACCAGAGGGGCUGGAAUACAAGGAAGAGGCUAAAAAAAGUGCAAGUUGCAACACUGGAGAAAGUAUACCAGCGUACAAGGCGCCCAACUGAGGCCAUGGUGAGUAAUAUGGUGCAGUUGACAAAAUUGCCACGAAAGUCUAUUCUGGAGUGGUUUGAUGGCAAACGGGCACAGGAAGGUACCAAAUUUGCAUAUAAGAAGAAACAACAAUAAGAUGGUUUUGGAUGGGUAGCAUUUGAAUGCACAUAUUCACUGAUAUUUGUAAUUAAGGGGUUUGCUGAAUUUUGUACUAAAGAACUGUGGAAUCAUAGAAACAAGCUCCCUGCUCUUUGCCAAAUUCUUCCACUUGAAGAUCUACUUUUUGGUUUUUAUGUUGCAUUCAUCUCGCGGAAUCUUGUAAAAUAGUUUAUAGAAUUACAGAAUCAAGCGUACUGCUGGCGAUGUUUAUAAAAUGAUAAGAUCCAAAAUGUUGAUUUAAAAAGUGUACACAGUUUAUAGUAGAACCUUUAUUAAUAUAUGGCCAAAUUUACCUUUA